UGUGGCCAAGAGAUAAGGUGAGGGUAGCACACACCCAUGCCUGCCCUGUUCUCUGAGUGAUAGGAGGUUAUCUGGGAUACCUGCCUGGUGGAAGGGGGUGGUCUGACAGGGACACACAUCUCUGAAUGUAAAUAAAGAAAAUUAAAUAAACAUUUCAUUCUUAAAAACUGCUCUCAUCAGAAACUGGUUUGAAGUUCAUUUGGUCAAACAGGAGCCUCUGAGAAAUCAGAUGAAGAAAGAACUUGCUAAUAUCAACCCUUGCACUGCUCCCAUUCUAGAACAAGCUCCAGCAGCUAACUGAGGUCCUCUUCCCUGUGGAUUUGAGCUCUGCUGUCUUGAGGACACCCUGAGGAACACCAGUGUUUGUAGAGACCAGCCCAGUGGUGUGAGGCUAUGGGAAGGGGCAGUUGCAGAAUUCCUCCCAUAUCACACUAGGUUUUCACCCAUUUUUGUAGCAAUAGCUGUAUUUCCCAGAGCAGACUCCUGGUUUUCAGAUGUCAUCCUGGCAACAAUUUUGGCUACCAAGUCAGAUAUGUGUGGCAAAAAGUUUGAACUGAAGAUCGAUAACGUUCGCUUUGUUGGCCACCCCACACUGCUGCAGCAUGCCCUGGGGCAGGUAUCCAAAACUGAUCCCUCACCAAAGAGAGAGAUGCCCACCAUGAUUCUCUUCAACGUGGUGUUUGCACUAAGGGCCAAUGCAGAUCCCUCAGUGAUAAACUGCUUGCACAACCUCUCCCGGAGAAUCGCCAUCGUCCUGCAGCACGAGGAGCGCCGCUGCCAGUACCUGACCAGGGAGGCCAAGCUCAUCUUAGCCAUUCAGGAUGAGGUGUCUGCCAUGUCAGAAACCACAGAAGGGCCACAGUCACCUUUCCAUCACAUCCUCCCCAAGUGCAAACUGGCCAGAGAUCUCAAGGAGAUGUAUGACAGUCUCUGCACAACAGGGGUGGUCCGUUUACACAUCAACAACUGGCUGGAAGUGAGUUUCUGCCUGCCUCACAAAAUCCAUUAUGUUGCCACAAACUUUAUACCCCCUGAAGCAAUUGAGAGGAGCCUGAAAUCUAUCAGGCCUUACCAUGCCUUAUUACUUUUAAAUGAUGAGAAGUCCUUGCUUAAUGAGCUCCCGUUGGACUGCUCUCCUGCCCUGGUGAGAGUAAUUAAAACUACCUCUGCUGUGAAGAAUUUGCAGCAACUGGCUCAAGAUGCUGACUUGGCAUUGCUGCAGGUUUUCCAGCUUGCUGCACAUCUUGUUUACUGGGGAAAAGCAAUUAUUAUUUAUCCACUGUGUGAAAACAAUGUCUACAUGCUCUCUCCAAAUGCCAGCGUCUGUCUUUAUUCUCCACUAGCAGACGCAUUUUCCUGCCAGUUCCGGGGUCACAACCUGCCCUCAAUGCUUUCCAAGUUCUCCCUCCCAGUGUCACUCUCAGAGUUCAAGAAUCCGCUGGCACCGCCCGUACAGGAGACUCAGCUCAUCCAAAUGGUGAUAUGGAUGCUCCAACACAGGCUCCUCAUUCAGCUCCACACUUACGUCUGCCUGAUGGUGCCACCCAACGAGGAGGAUUUCCGAGCCCCAGACGAGGACAUGCCCUUCACUGCCAGGGUUGGAGGCCGAAGUUUAAGCACCCCUAAUGCCCUCAGCUUUGGUUCUCCAACUAGCAGUGAUGACAUGACUCUGACAAGCCCUAGCAUGGAUAAUUCCAGUGCUGAGUUGAUACCUGGUGGGGACUCACCCCUGAAUAAAAGGAUGACAGAGAAUCUCCUAGCAAGCUUGUUGGAACAUGAGAGGGAAGCCAUCCUUAAUGUCCCUGCUGCCCAGAAUCCUGAAGAUCUUCGCAUGUUUGCAAGGCUGCUGCACUACUUCCGAGGCCGACACCACCUGGAGGAGAUCAUGUACAACGAGAACAUGCGCCGCUCCCAGCUCCUCAUGCUCUUCGACAAGUUCCGCAGCGUGCUGGUGGUCACCAGCCACGAGGACCCUGUCAUCUCUGUGUUUCAGUCCCUCCUGAAGUGACUUUUGGGGUCAAGGAAGAGAACCUGCUGUGCACUCGCCUGAGGAGGUCGUUGGGAUUCCUUCUGGCUCUGGGACAAGGAGCGGGUUGGUUCUCCCCCUCCCUGACUCCAUUUCUCUGCUGCUGCCUGUGGUGGCAGCUGAGGUUGGGCUGCAUGAGGACUCUGAGGCCUCUGCAGGACACCAUGUGCUUGCUCAGCCUGGAUUCCUCCAUUCCCCCAAGGGGACCUGACCCUGCUUCCUCUCCAGGGCCGGUGAGAAGGGGCCGAGAAGAUUUCCACUGCAGUAUUAACCCUCAGCACUUCACCUCUGGUGGGAGGCUGGUGCCUCAGGAGUGCUUUCUCC